AAUAAGUAUCUCGUGGGCUACUUCAUGUGGAGAGUCAUGACCGGACAGCACAGUACCAUUGAGUAUCUUAUGCAAAUACCAGGACAUGCAAAAUGCCUCGUGGAUAGUGGGUUUGGAAAUGUGAAGCGAUUGUACAGGAGAACGGACUGUGAAAGCCUGGAUCAGCUGGAGGACGUUGUGAACAAAUCCUCAUAUUGUAACACAGCGGUUCGUUAUCCAGCAUGGUCUUGGAGAAACUGGAAAGGCUUCCUUGGCGAUCAUUUCAAAGCACUCAAUGGAAUAAGGAAGUACCAGUACUUUCGAUUUUCAUCCACUGAGCCUGGUGUCGUUGUAGUAAGAACGUCGCGAGAUGCAGAGGAGGACACGCUGAACGUUCUAAAGGAUCCUGCCUUCCGGUUCGAGACCCAAGCCCGACCGGAUGCUGUUCAAGCUGCAGGAUUUAGCCAUCCCAGACAAGAAUCAUUAUAUAAAUGCGUCCGACCAUACGCUCGGCCUCCGUACCAGGACAUUUUAUGCCCCGUACCAAACACUUUAUAG